AGUACAAAAUAACCCGAAGCCAACAGAAAAGGUUUGCUUAAUAGCACACAUUCCCAGCAGAUAAAGCUCAGAAACCCCUCCUUCUUCAGUGCCUAAGGUUAUCCUGGCAAGAUUGUAGUGUGGCUGUCAAAAUUUGAUCAUGGACAACCUUGCUGGAAGUGACAAAGAUACCGGAUCCUUUACAUUUUCGGACAAGAUGAAGUUUUCAGCAUCUGGAUUUACACCCUUUGAAAUAGAUGAACCCAAAGGCCAGAAAAAGACUUGCAAAAGGUGCAUUUCGGCUCUGGUUACUAUAUACCUGAUUCUGCUCACUGCAGGCUUCGGACUGUUGGCCUAUAAAGUCUAUGAGAUGAACAAAGACUUGGAAAAGAACAAAGUCAACUUACCUUUAGCAGAAAAACUGGCAAGCUAUUUUGUCAAUGACACCAUGCUUGCCAAUGAUAUUGAGCAAAUGGAGGCAAGCUCACAAAGAAAAGGAGACAAUUGGGUCAGAAAUCUAAAGGAAGAAAUUCACAUAAUCAAACUGAGCAACCAACAUUUAGAAUGGAGAAUGACCAAUUUUACAGAACAACUGGAAAGCCACGCACUUCAAGGGCCUCCGGGACCUCCAGGUGCAGGAUUGCCUGGACCAAAAGGAGAAAUUGGAUCUCCAGGGAUGAGAGGACCUCCAGGUACCCAGGGAGAGAAGGGCGAUACAGGAACCAUGGGGCCAAAGGGUUCGAAAGGAGAGCAAGGACUGCAAGGUUUAAAUGGACUUGAUGGUGAAAAGGGAUCUGAAGGAAAUCUUGGCCCGGCUGGUCCAAAAGGUGAACCAGGAACAAAAGGGGAAAUGGGAGACAGGGGACCUCAAGGUCUUCCAGGACUCCAAGGACCAGCUGGUGGAAAGGGGGAUCUGGGCCCAAGAGGACCAGUUGGUCUCACAGGAGAGAAGGGCAUGCAGGGAGAACGAGGCCUGCCAGGUACACGUGGUCCCCAAGGACCUCCUGGACAACCAGGUCCUGCAGGCAGCAUGGCGCCACCAGGAAGUCCUGGCCCAAAGGGAGCGCAAGGGGAGAAAGGACAGAAAGGAGAAGCAAGCACCCUUUCAGGAGUACCAGGAGUGAAAGGCGAUCGGGGGGAAAGGGGUUACAAAGGCGAUCCAGGCAUACCAGGAAGUAAAGGGUCGAAGGGAGAUCAGGGAAUGACAGGGAGCAAAGGCAUGCCUGGUGAAAAAGGAAGUGCCGGAUCUAAUGGGGUGAAAGGCGAACCAGGAAGAAAAGGAGACAGAGGCAUUCAGGGAUAUACAGGAGCAACAGGAGCACAAGGGAUUAAAGGUGAAAAGGGAGAUUCAGGUAGCAGUUCUGUUGUAAGACUUGUUGGAGGACAUCAACGUGGUCGAGUUGAGGUUCUGUAUUCAGGAGUAUGGGGUACCAUAUGUGACGACAGCUGGGACACUAAUGAUGGAGCUGUGAUUUGUCGGAUGCUGGGAUUUAGCCGAGUAGUUGAAACCUUCACUGCAACUGCAGCAGGCUCCGGACAAAUCUGGUUGGAUGACGUGGGAUGUACCGGAACAGAAUUCUCCAUUUAUUCAUGUAGAAAACGUGACUGGGGUGAAAACAACUGCAGUCAUAAUGAAGAUGCUGGGGUAGAGUGUGCCUAAUGGAAAACAGUUCUGCUCCGAUGUCUGAGAAACAAUACCUUAAUACUGAUGAUUCCACGAAGAAGUGUGCAUGGGACUGUCCUUCAGAGUGUAUCUCUUGGCUAAUCAGAGAAUGGAUUAAUUUUGUUUUACUCCUUUAAUUCCACUGUACCAACACAUCUCUACAUUCUCCUUUGCUGAUCAAGGCUAUUCUAAUUGGGUAUGUGAGGAAUCAACAUCAGUAACUGGGCUCACUUUAUUAGAAGACCAGUAACUAAACUAUUAUUGCUCAGUGGUUAGAACAUCUGCCUUGCAUGAGGAAGGUUCCCGGUUCAAUCCCUGGCAUCUCCAGGUAUGGCUGGGAAAUAUCCCUGUCUGAAACCCUGGAAAGUCACUGCCAGCCAAGCAUGGGCAAUGCUGAGCUAGAUCGACCUAAAGUUUAACUUAGUAUAAGGGCACUCCCUGUGUUCCUAAUCAUGACACAGGAACUACAUCCUAAUCACAUUAACUUGGGAGUAGGGUCUUUAGAAAGGCCUACAAUCUUGACUGUUUUCAGUAGCCUUCUCUUGUGUAAUGAUUUAUCAUGCUCUUUUGCUGUUGAUGGUUUUGGCUGUAGUCCCGUUUUAUUUGGGCUGGGAGAGCUGAAUGUGUUUUUAUAACUGAUAGGUUUGUUCAUGGUUUGCAUUGGGGAAGUUUGAUGCUUGUAUGUUGUUCCACUUUUGUGGAAGCUGCCUUGAGAUAGUUUUUCCUUGUAAAGGGCCCCCAUAUAAUCAAGAAAUGAAGGAGCCAUUGAACUGAGGGAUGCUGACUUCUGAGUAAGGAUGCAGAGGAUCCAGAUAGAGGAGGGUGACUUGAAAAAUAUGUGCAGCUGGCUUUUGUAAUUCAAACAUGCCAAAUCAUUUUCCAGGUGUCUUCAGCUGGAUAUUGUCCAUAAACCCAUUGAAACGUACAUCACGGAAACACUUCCGAAAGCAGAUGAGACUUGAGGCAACACUUAUAGCCUUUGUCUCCCAGAACCUUAUGAAAGAUAAUGCCCAUGUUUAUUUAGUCUACCUUUCUGUGCCUUGUUCAUAACUUCUUCAUUUCACUAUUUUCCUCUUAGAGCUCUAGCAGUGUUUGGCUGAAGUCACAUGACACUGUCCAUGAUCCCAAGGAAGGAUCUGGGUGUGGAGGAGAGAAAUGAAACUGUUUCUAUUGCCAAAGAGGCAAGCUUCUCCGAGAGAGAGAGAGAGAGAGAGAGAGAGAGAGAGAGAGCAGUGACCUGCUCCUACUGCUGGUGGGGGCUGCUGUAGUGAAAAAAGAAGCAAAGCUCUCCAAAUCAAUGUGUUGAUUUAUUUCUCGAUGCCGUGAUAAAUGUUGAAAUGUCAAAGCUCACAAUGGCUUGCAUAGCCAUGAUUUCCAAGGGGAGUCCCUAGACUCAAUGCAGCCAUCCAUGUUGAUUCCUUAUAGAUACAUACCAAAAAGCACAUAGCAGAUGGUGCCUUCCAAAUGUGCUGGACUUCAACUCCCAUCACCCCUGACCAUUGACCCUGCUGGUUGGAGCUAAAAGGAGUUGGUAGUCCAACAACAAAUGGAAGGACACCACAUUGGCCUCCCCUGCCAUACGGCACAAUAGGCAUUAUAUUAGGAUCAGCUGACAGUCCUGUAAUAGUAAGUGUAGUGAGUACCAUGUUAAACUUUGACUUGUGAGAACUGGGUUCAUAUUCCUGAUCUGCCAUGAACUUCACUGGUUGACCUUGGACCAGUCAUUGUCUGAGCCUAGCCUCCAUAACAAGGGGAUCAUGUGCCGGACUAGAACUAUCCUCCAAACUCCCAAGCUUGCAACACAGGCAAAUAACCAAUCCAGCAGUUCACAUCAUCCCUCCUCCUGUGGGUAAAAACUCUGGUGCUGCAUUCCCCUAUGUCCCUGCUCCACUGUACCAAUGUUUUUAUGGUCAUGGCAUUCCUUUGGACUGUGGGCAUUGGUUUUGCUGCCUGAUUGGAUGGUGGCAAUAUUGAAAAGAUGGCCAAUGGAGAGAGAGAGGUGGGGAAAGGGCAAAUGAACUGUUGAGUGAUUUCUCCAGAUUUCCAGUCUGUAUAAUGAGAACCCUGCUAAAGACCCAUCUAGUCCAGCAUCGUGUUCUCACAGGGGUCAACUAGAUGCCCGUGCCCGUCUCCCCACUGGCCAUUCCCAGCAGUUGGUAUACAGAAGCAUAUUUGCUCCAGCACUGGAGGUAGAACAUAACCAUCAUGGCUAAUAGCAAUUGAUAGCCUUAUUCUCCAUGAAUGUUGUCAGUCUGUAUACUGGUGAAAACAUUCCUGCAAACAACAUAGCCAUGCAUUAUUUUGUUUUAUUUUAAGUGCUGAGUACUUGCAUUUGGAGCCAACAAGGUUUACACAAUUAACUUUCCGCUGGUUUAAUAAUGAUAUUGUGUAAAUUUCAGAAUGUGCAGGUUUUAAUUAAAUACUUAGGCUUCCAUUCA